AUGGAUAUUCAUGAUGGAAACGUGAUUCAGUAUGAGAAAGGUGGCCUCUAUUAUUAUUACGGUGUUGGAUAUGGUGGUUGUCGCCAAUUUUUAAACUUCGGCUGUGCUGGUGAAUUUUUGCUCGGUGACUGCGGCUUUCGUAUCAAUCAUACGAUCAAUUUAUACACGUCACCGGAUCUGAGUCGAUGGACAUUCAUAGGCGAUAUGCUUCCAUGGUAUGGUGAUCGUCCAGUCGGCAUCUACUAUCGGCCGAAGGUUAUUUAUAAUCGAUAUACUGGAAUGUAUGUACUUUGGAUCAAUCGAGUGCCACGUACGGGUUCAUUUGACGGACCGAAUUUUAUCGAUAGCAGUUAUGUCGUAGCGACCUCUCGAAAACCUGAAGGGCCAUUCACUGUGGUGAGGCAGAAGAUUGAAACACUCGCCUAUGGUAGUCCAGGUGAUUUUGCACUCUUUGUUGACGAUGAUGAUACCGAGAAACCAACAGGUUAUAUCGCCUACACAUCUAUUGACAGUUUGCAUCGUAUUCAAAUCGAACAGCUCUCAUCGGACUAUACAAAUACACUGGGCACAAAAGCGACAACCGGCUCUAUAACUCCAAUGAAUAAUGAGGCUCCCAUUAUGUUCAAACGCAAUGGCUUCUACUAUCUGCUGUUUGGCGAAAGUUGUUGUUUCUGUCGCGAGGGUGGCAACUCGUAUGUCUUUGUCAGUACACAUCCACUGGGCCCAUGGACUGAUGCAAAGUACGAUAUUGAUCCGGUCGGAAACGAAAUUAUCCAUGGCAUCAUAAUACGACGUUCUAUCUCUGGUGGUCAAGAAAGUUUCAUUGUUGAAGCGAUGCUAAACAAUUCGAGUAGAGCCUACAUUUUCGUUAGUGAUCGUUGGGGAAGUGGUCCAACAAAGGCUACGGAUUUUCAAUACUGGCAACCAUUGCAAUUUAAUGAUACUCAGACUCCACCACGUAUAGAAGAGCUUCAAUGGGUCGAUCAAUUUACACUUGAUAUUGCUUUGUCCUAG